CGUGAGUGGAGGCGGCGUUGUGAACCGCGGUGUGGGGAGGAUUUGGCCGUCCAGAGGCAGCGGGGCGCUGGGAGGGCGAGCGGCUCACGGGAGGGGCAGGUAGGAUGGCGAUCAGGAUUUAGAACAGGCUCUAGAUUAGAUCGUCGGAGUCCAGGUCCCAGUCCUCCCUCUUCCAGUUUUGGGGCCCUUCAAGGUGCUAACUGCCCCUGGGCCUGAGUUUGUGACUGCAAAGUGGGGUGAGCUGUAGCUAAAGCCCCUGCCUCAUAGCGUAGGCAAAAGGGUGGGAUGAGAAGGUUGAGCCCAUCUUUGGUCCUGGUAUGGCUUCUGGGAAGUGCUGGAUAAACCUCUUCCUUCCCUCGGGGCAUUGAACUCCCUGAGUGAGUCAGAUAGGAGGUGAGAUGCCAGAUGUGGAAUCCCAGCACUGAAUAGGCGCUCAGCAGACACGAUCGUGAGUCAUAAAGGGCCUGCAAAUUUCAUUCCAACCCGACUCCCUGCUCCCUUCACCCUGGCUUGCUGGACCACAGCUCUGCCUGAAUCCCUGCAGUGAUGGUAUGCUCGCUGCCUCCCCACGGAGCCUCUUCCGCAGCGCAACAGCUCUGGCUCAGCUUCUCCUUUAACCAGAGUCAAAGGGGAAGAAAAUGAGGCACAGAGAGGGCUAGUGAGUGAGGAGUCCAAGGUCACACAGCAGGUUUGAGACAGAGUCAGGGCAAGGACCCAGCCACCCUGCCCUCAAUCUUCUCACCGGGUAAGGAGAUGCACCCUGCCUUGUCUGCUUGGGGCUGACCUGUCCUGUGAACACAAAUUGCUUACUUUGGGGAAAUUCACAGUCUGAUGCAGGAGGCAGCGGGGUACAGCUGUCACAAGCUCAGGUGACAUGAGUGCUCAUGGAGGAAGCCCAGAGCAUUGGAUGGGCUCCUGAAGUCAUCUGAUGCACCCUGGACGAUCAGGGACAACAGAGGACCUGCCAGAGCAGUGUUGUAGGAAAAGCCACGUGGAUUUCCCCACACAGAGCAAUCCCAGCACCAUUUCUUGCCUUUGUUCAGCCCUGACUCUCUGAGGCCUCAGUCAUGGGACCAGCCAGUUCCCUCUGGAAGGAAGUGUGCUGGGGAGGUGGCCACUCAGACAUGGUGGGACCCCCCAAGGAGGGGACUGGCUGGAUCUAGGGGGCGCGGAUGGCAUCGGGGCGUCCCGAGGAGCUGUGGGAGGCUGUGGUGGGGGCCGCUGAACGCUUUCGGGCCCGGACUGGCACGGAGCUGGUGCUGCUGACCGCGGCCCCGCCGCCACCGCCCCGCCCGGGUCCCUGUGCCUAUGCUGCCCACGGCCGAGGAGCGCUGGCAGAGGCGGCGCGGCGCUGCCUCCACGACAUCGCGCUGGCCCACAGGGCUGCCGCUGCCGCCCGGCCUCCCGCACCCCCACCAGCACCACAGCCACCCGACCCCACACCCAGCCCGCCCCAGCCUGCCCUGGCCAGGGAGGACAACGAAGAGGAUGAGGAUGAGCCCACAGAGACAGAGACCUCUGGGGAGCGGCUGGACGUCGGCGAUAACGGAGGGCUCUUCGUGAUGGAUGAGGACGCCACCCUCCAGGACCUUCCCCCCUUCUGUGAGUCGGAUCCUGAGAGCACAGAUGAUGGCAGCCUGAGCGAGGAGACCCCCACUGGCCCCCCCACCUGCUCAGUCCCCCCGGCCUCAGCCCUGCCCACACAGCAGUACGCCAAGUCCCUGCCUGUGUCUGUGCCCGUCUGGGCCUUCAAGGAGAAGAGGACAGAGGCACGGUCAUCGGAUGAGGAGAAUGGGCCGCCUUCCUCGCCCGACCUGGACCGCAUCGCGGCGAGCAUGCGCGCGCUGGUGUUGCGGGAGGCCGAGGACACCCAGGUUUUCGGGGACCUGCCACGGCCGCGGCUUAACACCAGCGACUUCCAGAAGCUGAAGCGGAAAUACUGAGGCCCGGGGUGGGAACGUCCCGAGCCGCGUCCGCUCCACCCCACACUACGUCCCCGCCCCAUGCCCGGGGCCCGCCAAGCCGAGGCUGAUCUGGGAGCCCCCAGGAUUGACCCGUCUCUGCCAAUCCCCGCUGCCCUUCCAGCCCGCGACUUCCAGCGUCUAGGAGCGGGAUAUGUCCCUUUUCUCGAUUGCGUCUGUCGCCUCUCUGCCCAGCGACAGAUUCCUUCUAUUAAGGGAUUGGCUCGCUCAGUUCUAAGCCCUAAACGGGUCAACUCCGUUGUUUUCUGCCUAGCGACAAGGCCUUUGCUCGCACGGCAUUGGCUCCAUCCCCUAGUCGCUGGGCAGCUCUUUUUUUUGAUUGGCUCGAAUCUUGUAAAGGGCUUGAGUUCUCCCUCCUGAUUAGCUCCAGCUUCCUGGGGGCGUGGCCAAGCCCUCGUUCCCAGAAUUGGCCUGGGGCCUUCGAUUUACGUUCUUUACACUAAGGGGGCUAGGGUCGUUUUUGCCCAAGUCCUGACAGCUUGUCCCCUGACCCCCUCAGGGAUGGCCCCAAACAGUCCCUGCGUCUGACACCCCCUUUCAUUGGUUCCAUCCAUCGCCACAACAGCCUGCCAAUCGAAGCCCGUCCCUGCAUCCAGGAUGGUACCAGCUCCCGACCCUCGCUCCCCACCUCCACAGGUGCCUUAAAGGGCCCUUGUCCACCCAAGGCGGGGGGCAGGGGGCCUCACUCUCCGGCCCUGGUGUGGGGGAGAGAGUGAGGGGUUGGGGGACCGGCAGUUGGGAAGGGCGCUCUGAGAUUAAAGAGUUUUACCUCUGA